AUGUCGCUUUCCAAGUUCUGUCUGUUGGCGUCUGCCUCGUUGGUGAGCUUGACCACCGGGCUGAGCACACCACAUGCCAAUAUCAAGCGUCAGGUCUCCCAGUUGCGUGAGAGUUAUGACUUUGUCAUUGUUGGCGGAGGUACAAGUGGUCUCACGGUAGCUGAUCGGUUGAGUGAAGCCUUUCCACAGAGUAAGCCAUCUCUCGUAUCUGAUCAUCCACAUCGUCAUACAGCUAACCGAGAACCAGAAACUGUACUGGUUGUUGAGUACGGCGAUGUUGAGUACGCUCCAUCAAGCUUCGAUCCACCGGUCGACUGGUACGGGCCGAAUUCAUUUCAAAGCGCCUCUCUCUGGGUAUUUUUCUCCCAGCCGAACCCCGAAUACAACAACUUGACGGCCCUCAGCUUUGCUGGGCAAGUGGUCGGUGGAAGCAGUGCUAUCAAUGGCCAAUUCUUCGAUCGGCCAUCACGUCACGAUCUUGAUUCCUGGACCCAGCUCGGCGUUUCUUCAGACUGGAACUGGCGGGGAAUGUUUCCCUAUUUCAAAAAGAGUAUCAAGUUCACCGCACCAUCAGCACAGGUGGCUCAGCAGUACAACUACACAUGGGAUCUUUCUUCUUACGGCGGCACGACACCCAUCCAUUCCAGUUUUCCCCCCUUCCAAUGGGCCGACAACUCCGUCGUCCUGAACGGCUGGAGAGAGCUGGGUGUCCGCACACGUCAGGACUGCGCUGGCGGUGACAAAGAGGGUCUCUGUGCAGUUCCUACUUCACAGCAUCCCAUCACUGCAAGACGUUCUCAUGCUGGGCUUGGCCACUACGCCGAUGUAGUUGGGACUCGCUCCAAUUACGAUCUGCUUGUGAAGCAUCAGGCAGUCAGAGUCGUCUACCCCAACGGAGUCAAUUCUGGCCCUCCACUUCUCGAUGUCCGAUCGCUAACCACCAAUGCUCGGUUCAACAUCACCGCCAAUGCUGAGGUUGUUCUCUCGGCUGGCGCCUACCACACACCCACUGUUCUUCUUAGAAGCGGCAUCGGUGCUGCCAAUAUCCUUGCAGCGUCUGGAAUUACACAGGUGCUUGAACUGCCAGGAGUCGGUGCCAAUCUUCAGGAUCAUCCUGGGAGCACAGGCGUGGCUUGGAACUACACCAAGCCUGGAAACUGGACCCCAAUGCCAGAGGAAAUGGCCGACCCAACUUUCAAGGCUGAUGCCACGGCUGCGUUUGACGAGGUGCCAGCGCGCGGUCCUUACACCAUGGCCUUGGGCAACCAGGCCAUCUACAUUUCUCUCCCAAACACCACGCCCAACUACCUCAGCAUCAUUCGCAAAAUCCUCAGACAGACAGUAGAUGGAUCCGCAGCAUCCUUCCUGCCAGCCGACUACAGGGACAACGCAGCACUGGCCAGAGGCUACAGAGACCAGCUCGCCGUCUUGGCCAAGCUCCUCCUCAACCCCAAGGCCCCCAACCUCGAAACCCCAUGGUCAACAGGUUAUUCCGCCCCAGCGAUCCUUCUUCAUCCCCUCAGCCGUGGGACGGUCCGCCUCAACCCGGCAGAUCAUCUUGCUCAGCCCAUUGUUGACAGCAGACACGGCAGCAACCCAGUCGACUUUGACAUGCAGCUUGCUAAUGUGAAGUGGUCACGAAGACUGCUUGACACACCCACGAUGAAGCGCUACGGCGCGGUGGAAACUGCCCCGGGUGAAGCUGUGCAGAGUGAUGCGGAGUUGUUGGCGUUUAUCAAGAGCGCUGCGACGUUGAGUUAUCAGCAUCCGUGCUGCACUGCUGCGUUGGGACCGAAGAAUAAGGGGGGUGUGGUGGAUAAUAAGCUGAGGGUGCACGGGGCGAAGGGGUUGAGGGUGGUGGAUAUCAGUGUUUUGCCUUUGGUUAUCAGUGCGCAUACGAGCUCGACGGCUUAUGCGCUGGGUGAGAAGGCUGCGGAUGUUAUUAUUAAGGAGUGGAGGCAGGAAGCGAGGAUCAAUAGGCUGACGGGCUCCCUCUUCUUUGAUGAUUAUCUUUGCGUUUUCACAGAAACACAUUUCGAGUUGCUUGUAGCCGCUGCAAUGGUUUCUCCCAAACCCCCCGUGGAUGAUGGUCCAAAAACACAAUGUGACCAAUUCCUCGCCCUCCUCCUCUCCACCCACCGACCCCGCCCCCAGAGACAGCAUCACAUCCUCUGGGAGGCAGCCGUCACCCACGCCACCAAACAAGACUGUUCCCUCUGCAAGAUCCUCACCGACGCCCUGCAAGUCUGGUUCACGCCCUCGCAGCUGGGAGGCGUCCAGCUGCAGGUCAUGCUGAUCAUGCAACAGAGCAGUGAGAAGCAAGAUCGGUUGUUGAUUCAGUUCAGAACACCGGCGAGGGUGACACCCUGGACGGAGGGGCAGACUGUUAACUUCUUUGUGGAUGAUGGGUUAUGUGGGACUGGGGGGUGGAACUUGAUGAAGACCCCGGCUGCCUUGAACAAGGAAAGUUUCGCGUGGGAAAGGAAAGUAGAAAAAAUGAAGGCGUGGUUGGGGCGAUGUCGGGAAAGUCAUGAGAUGUGUAGGUCUUAUGGGGGUGUGAUGCUUCCUGAGGGGGUGACGGUAUUACCGAGCAGAGUGCUGGAUUUGUUACCUGGGAAUGGGGGCGUGAGGUUGUAUGAAUCGAGGGUGGGGGAAAGGGGGAGGUAUGCUUGUCUUAGUCAUCGGUGGGGGAAGUGUCAGCCGCUUACCACGACCCGGGCGACGUUGGGGGAUUGGAAGGAAGGGUUGCCUUGGGAGAAGAUCCCGAAGCUGUUCCAGGAUGCGAUCGACAUUGCAAGGGAGCUGGGGGUGAGGUAUCUCUGGAUUGAUAGUCUUUGUAUUGUGCAGGAUGAUGCGGAGGAUUGGUAUAGAGAGUCGAGGAAGAUGUGCGCGAUUUAUCAGAAUGCGGUUGUGACUGUAGCUGGCACGGCGGGGUUUGGGUGUGAGGAUUCGUUGGUUCCGACGAGGGAGAGGACUGUGGCUGGAAAAUUGAAGGAUGGGACGGGUUAUAGGUUUGAGGUUAGGUUGAUGGAUAAGCAUUUGAGUGGGUCGCCGAGUCAUGUUCAUUUUGGGAAGACGCUGCUUGGGAGAGGGUGGGUUUAUCAGGAGAGGCUUUUGUCUCGGAGGAUCAUACACUGUUGUUCGGAUGAGUUGGUGUGGGAAUGUAUGGAGUCGGUGGAAUGUGAGUGUCCUGAGGGGGUUAGCUGGAUGACAACCGCGGAUCGGUCUAGGUUGGAAAUCAAGGCUAUUCAGACGCGGUUGCCAAGGGAGGCGCCGGUGUCGGAGCAGCGGAGAGUCUGGCAUGAUAUGGUCAGGGCUUAUACCACGCUGGAUUUGACAAAAAUAUCGGACAGAGCGGUUGCUAUUCUCGGACUGGCAGUAGAGAUGCAGCAUUCAAGGAAGGGAUUGUAUGCCGCGGGACUAUGGGAGGAUAGCUUUCUGUGUGAUCUUGCCUGGCAUACUGGGACGGCAACUCGAAGGGGGAAAAGGCCGACGGAUCCUAGACCAAAUAGGGAUACGACAAAAGCUCCUACAUGGUCUUGGCUCUCAGUUGGUACCUGUUGUGAGUAUUGGUCUCGAUCGGAUCUCGGGAACGGGGAGCCAUGGUGGGAGGAUAGCGGUACUGUUGUCGAGAAGAUUGAACUCCCUCCGUAUCAUACGCUUUCAGCUGCAGCACAAGGUCUCGGCUUGGUUCAUGUGAUCCCUGCCACGGAUCUCCAGGUGGAUGGUGGCACCAGCAGACUGACCACUCAUGGUUGUCUGACGCUCAAGGGGAACUUGCUGGCUGGAACAUCCAGUCAAUCAGUGCAUAACGACACACUGGAGUGGGCGGGCUGGUUCCAACGUAGCUUUGGGAUCGAUCUUAAUCUUCAAGAAUCGAGAGCACGUGGGUUCCUUGAUAUUCAGACUACAAGCGAAAAGCCUAUCAUCCGACAGGGACAGGCAGUGUUUGGUAUGCCGCUUGGUACCAGUAUCGACACUGAAGGGAUUCUGGAUCCGAUAUAUCGGUAUCGGUACCUCCUGUUGUUGGUGUUGGUAGAUGCCGAUGAGCAGUUGUAUGAGCGGGUGGGGAUGAUUGAGCUGGCCCAUGGCGAUUAUCAGUGGAAGGCACCUGCGUGGUGGGAUAUUCCUUUUGAGGCCGGGACCAUGACUACUAUGAGAAUCAUUUAG